GGUAAAUCGAUAAAAUGGCGUACUCUCUCACUUUUGAUCCUUUCACUUCAGAACAGAGCUUCGCUCCACUUUUCGAGCCCUUCUUUUGAAUGAAAAUUUCUUCGCAGCAAUCCACCACAGCUUCUGUUCGCUGCAAUCGAACAAGCAAUGUCGGCGAAGCGCCAAGCGGAUGCGGCCGAGGUGUCGCCAAUAAUGGAUUUCAGAGCUCAGGAUGACGCCUGGUACUCCGUUCGUCUUCGGUUGAAAGGCGACAAACUUUUGGUAAUGUACUGCGAUUUCCCCCAGGAAUCCGAUGAGAUAUACUCCGUCGAAGGAUUCCCUAACAUCGAGAGCGUUGAGGAGUUCCGGAAACGGUUUCGGCCGUCUUCGUCGCAGUUGCAGGACACGAACUGCGAUGCGGUAGUCAAGGGCAUGAUGGUUUGUGCAGCCAAUCGGCUCGCCGUGGAUGAUUUGAGGUACUUUGAUGCAAUCGUGGAAUCGGUAAACCCUUCUAUCCACGCUCUGCAAGAAGGAGAUUGCCGAUGUAAAUUUCAGCUACUGUGGCAGUAUGGUCCACUAAAAGGCAAAAAGACUAUUCUUGGCAUUGAACAUGUAUGCCUCAUAAAAUUUCAAGAGACAGUUGUUAACCUGACAUUGCAAAAAUUUCUGGAUAUUGUGAAAGAGAAACUUAAGGCUGAAGAUACACAAAACUCUAAACCAGAAACCAGAUAUGAUCUCUCUCCAAUAACAAAUUCUGCAAGCACAAGUCAAAUCCCUAGCUCCUCAACCUUACACAAAUCAAAGAAGCCUCAACUAGAUUCUUCCCGCUCCAUGUUGCAUAUAAGAGCUUCUAAACAAGAAGAGAUUUCAAUCCUUACUGCUAGAGGGCGAUCUUCUAGUGAAAGCAUGAGUGAAAACUUGGAACAGGAUUUUGAUAUGGGCGGGCAAUCACUUGGAAAAUAUCAAAAAAUUAAAAAGAAAAUAACCUACUUUUGUAGAAUUGACAACUUGGAGAAAGACUUAUCACCUUUCACACUUAAGCAUUUUGUACAAGAGCACCUUGGAAUACCAUGCUUUGCUAUCAUCUGCCCUUCUAUAUCGCAUGAAUUUUGUACCAGGGGAUUCAUUCUACUUGAAGAGAAACACCAAGCUGACAUGCUGAUGGAUUUUUUGCUUAACAUAGAAUACAUCAUUGUUUCUUUGAAGGGAAGACCUUGGAUAGUUGAUUAUGCUUGCUUUGGAAUAGCAGAAGGGGUUAUGACAACAUAUGAGGCCAAACCAAGUAAUGCAGAGGAGCAACUAGCUGAUCAAAUUAAAUUGGUCCAUAAGGGAACUCCUGAAUAUGAGAAGGUUAAAGAAUUACGUUUGCUACAUUCAGAGUUCCUAGACCAUAUCCAUUUUCGCCUCUUACCCAGACUUUUGGCUGAUGAGAAGAAGCUCAUGGAACAACUGGCUGAAAAAUAGAACGUAAAUUCUCAUGAAAAGAUUAUCAAUGGUUGAGCUCGCCAUCAAGCUGCUUCAGGUUUGGAAAAUAAAUGCAAGAUCGUCCACUCAAUCUGAACUUCUAGCAAAUCGUUAGUGUAACAAUUCCUCUCCUUUGUGGGAUUUUGGCAUUAUUUUGAAAGCUGACAGGCUAUCUGCUACAAAAUUUUAAUACUAUAUGAGGGACUUUAAUGUAUCUUCCUUGCAAAA